UUCACGAGUAAACACGACUAAGCAGAACAGAACGAAAGAUUGUCAAUAGAGUUUGAGAUGAUGGAUGGUGGGCCUGAUUAAGUAGAUUGUGUGAAUACGUAAUGAUUAUAUUUAAGCGAAUUUAGCAUCAUGUCUGUAGAAAUUUCUCUCACAAAGUGGAUAUUCUUUGCCUGUAUGACUGGACUAAUCAGUUAUUUUGGUGAUAAAGUCUUUACAAGUUUCAAAGCGGCCAAUGAAUGGAAAAAUGUAGAAUCGUGGAUGAAAGAACGUAAUUUUUCUUACCUCAAACCACUGCUGAAGUCAUUAGAUAUAAUCCAACUAGAAGAUGUGGGAAUGAUAGAAGUUAAUAAAUUGGGUAAAAAUUUGGGUAAAGAUUUUAAAUGGGCUGUUGAAGAAUUGAGACAAUCGAUCGAACUGGAUUAUUUUAUGUACUUUUAUGAAGUAGAAGAAAGUUCAGAAAGAAUCAAAGAGCUGGGGAUAAGAAGCAUAGAAGAAUUAUGCAAAACAUUUCAGAGAUUGAAAGAUAAAUCUAACCGAGCCGGAAUAAUGAAUGCGUGCCACGAAACAAGGAAUGGGAACAAGAAAGCAAAGCGGGAGGACAUUGUAAAAUGGCUGAAGAAUCAGAACUCUUUCACUUUUAAACAAAUUAUGAUAAUGGUGAUAGGUAGUUCAGCUUUAACGGGUGCCGUCAUGUUGCUGGGUCCGAACAUCAACUGGCUUCAGUCUCAUUCUCUUCCCAUCUCUCUACCGUCUCUCUCCCUCCCGACGUCAAAGACGACCAUAUUUGAUUUCUUCACCGGCCGUUAUCCUGCACCACAGUCAUGUACGGUCGAUUGGGAUUGGGAGGAACCAAUGAUUGUAGGAAAAACUGUUUCAUUCAGAAUCAAGUUUUUUCUGAAGAAUGGCAAGAUCUAUCCUGUUACAUCACACGAUAAUAUCUUGGUGGAGAUCAUGCACCAGGGAGUUAAAGUGGCCCACAACAUGGAGUCUGGUUUUAAAGAACCUGAUUCAUCAAACAUGGCUAAAGUUAGUUUUACGGUACACAAGUCAGGAACUUAUAAUAUCUCAGUGAUGAUCGGAGCACGACACAUAAAGGGUAGCCCCUUUAACAAGGUCUUUGAAGCAGGACCAGUUGAUGCGGGUAAAACUGGGUUUAUGAAUUAUAGUUCCACAGUCGUGUGUACGGCUGGUUCCUCACAUCCUCUAACCAUAGAAACCAGAGAUAGUUUUGGUAACCUAGCAACAUAUAAAACAGAUCAGAGUAAUUACUUUAAAAUAAAAGUAACAGAGGCUGGGACGCACACACGUUAUAUCCCCACAACUCAGAUUUAUUACGAUCCAGUCGGAAAACGUUUAACUAUGCAUAUAAAGAUGGAUCGUCCAGGCUGUUUUCAAGCUCAAGUUAGUUACGGUGACAUCAAGUUAAAGAAUGGAGAUUUUAAUAUACUAGUUCUAAGUCCUGAUGAAAUGGUCCAUGUUAGUAAAAAUUUAAUCAAAAAAACUCACAGUAUUUGGUAUGAGGCUCGUCUAAUAUCGUAUAACCACGAGAAGUUGGAUCGACCGAAGAAAGUUUACGUUUAUGUAUCACCAAAGCAAUUAACACUCAAGGAAUUUUAUUUUAAAAUAAUAGGAAAAAAGUUGUAUACUUUUAGAGUUUGUCCUUCAACCAAGUUUUAUUUUAAUGGCUAUAACAAUCAUUAUGACGCUCCAACGUUUAUGAUUGACGACGGAUCUCAGCCCCCGAUAGUUAUAGCUGCCAAAGAUAGAAAUGUUAUAGCGGCCACAUUUACUAGCUUUCUGCUCAAAAAUAUAGGUGGUUCGGAAACGUUUUUAGAUAAACAGACGUUUUUUUAUCAUGAAAUACGGCAGAUGCAUACGCGAAGAUCCCACGCCUGUCUUCCUAUCAAGAUUGAUCGCAAUAAUAUAUUACAGAGUUCGUAUAAAGCAACAAAGAAUUUUGAAUUAUCUGAUUGGUGUAAAAGAUUAGAAAUAACAUUCGCAGGAGAGGAAGGUUUAGAUUGGGGUGGAGUACGUAGAGAAUGGAUCGAGUUAUUAUGUGCUGAAUUAUUCGAUCCUAGCUGUUCUGGACUGUUCCGUCGAUUUGAGGAUAGUCCACAAGGUUUGGUUCACCCUAACCCCAAACGUCCAGUCAAAUUAAAGUUAAAAUAUUAUGAGUUUGCUGGUAAAAUAGUUGGUAAAUGUUUAUACGAAUCAGCGCUAGGAAAAUCGUAUCGACAGUUAGUGAAAGCCAGGUUCUCUCGUUCAUUUCUUGCUCAAGUUAUAGGAUUACGGGUUAAUUAUAAGUAUUUUGAAUCUGAUGAUCCUGAAUUAUACAAAACUAAAAUCAAAUUUAUAGAAGAUAAUGAUAUCACUGACAUGGAUCUCACUUUUAGUGAAGAAGAAUACACUAAUGGAGGACACAUCACUAAGGUUAUAGAAUACAUUCCUAAUGGUAGUAAAACUUCAGUGACAAAUAGAAACAAGUUACGCUAUUUAGAUGUAUUAACUCAAUAUCGACUAGCAGCUAGUGUUAAAGAUGAAUUAGAAGCCUUUUUAAAAGGAUUAAAUGAAUUAAUACCUGAUAAUUUACUCAGUAUUUUUGAUGAGAAUGAAUUAGAGUUGUUAAUGUGUGGUACAGAUAAUUAUAGUAUAGCUGAUUUUAAAAUACAUCACACUGUCUGUGGCACAUCUCCGCAAUUCAGUAAAAUGUUGGAUUGGUUCUGGACAAUUGUAGCAGGUUUUACAGAUGAACAAAUGGCCAGAUUAUUACAAUUUAUUACUGGAUGUUCACAGCUACCUGUUGGAGGAUUCUCAGAACUUCAACCUAAAAUACAACUCAGUUCUACUCCAAUGUUUAAUGGCUUACCCUCUGCACAUACUUGUUUUAAUCAACUCUGUUUACCGUUUUAUGACAGUAUCGAACAAUUUCAUCAUUCUCUGUUACUAGCAGUAAACGAAGGAAGUCAGGGAUUCGGGAUGGUGUGAUAGAGGGGACCCUACUGAUAGAUAGGGUAGUAAGACCUUGAACUGACAAAAGAGAGAGUUGGAUAGGGUGGAAUAAUUAACCAUAAUAUGAUCGUAAUUGGUCAAUUGACGGAAUUGGACGUUGUGUAGUAUUUUUUAAUAGAUUUUAAUAAAUAACUGUGAUAACUGUAUUUAAGAUGAUUACAAUAUUUUAAAAUUUAAAUAAGAUCAAAAGUCUUUAAGAGCAAUAGAACUUUAUGGAAUGAAUGAGGAUGAAUGGAUUUAUGAAACUAUUGUGCAGUUUGUAGAUAGACCAAGGAAUAUGGUAUGAGAAACCAGCUAGAUUAAAGUAGAGAUUUGACAAUGGUGAUGAUAUUUUGGAUAAAAUGCUUAUGUUAUGGAGUAUGAUGUAUUUAAAUGUAAGGAAACGAUUUGUGCAAUUCAAGAAACGAUCUUAGAGGUAUAUAUUAAGUGAAAAUGUAGAGUACAUUCUUUUAUCUUAGCCGUGUGAAACUAUGUGGACUGAAAUGGACUUUAUCAAGAUUUUUUGAAUUGUGUCAAGCAGAUGAAAGCCAUGAAUAAGAAAUACAUUUGUUUAAAGCAUUUGGAUGUGUUUGAAGCGUUGGGAUGAGUUUGUACACUGGGAUGUGUUUGAAGCAUUUGGAUGUGUUUGAGACGCCGGGAUGUGUUUGAAGUGUUGGGAUGUGUUUGAACUGCACAUGAAGUGUUGUGAUGUGUUUGAGACGCUGGGAUGUGUUUGAACUGCAAAUGGAGUGUUGGGGAUGUAUUUGAACUCCUGCAUAUAAAGUGUUGGGAUGUGUUUGAACUGCAAAUGGAGUGUGGUGAUGCAUUUGAACUACUGCACACGGAGUGAUGGAAUGUAUUUGAACUACUGCACAUGGAGUGAUGGAAUGUAUUUGAUCUACUGCACAUGAAUUGUUGGGAUUUAUUUGAACUACUUUACAUGAAGUAUCGGUAUGUGUAUCAACUGCUGUGAAAAUAUUAGAUUAAUUUAAAUGGAACAUACACUGUAGUAGGCCAACCAUCGAUCAUCGAUAAUAAAAUUCGAAGGCCAUGAAUACAAAAGGACAAAUUGGUGUAAAUAAUAUGUAAGCAUGUUCUGCCUCAUGUACAGGUACCACCAUCAAAUGUUAUCUGGAUCUCUUCCUAUUCUGGUUCCUAAAAGACAGAUAUUUGUUAUUCAGCUUGUGUGAUCUCAGUAACUGCAUUCUUCACCUUCAAUCUGUCAUUUCUCGGAAUAAAUUCUAAUGGGUCUCUUUCAGAGAGAGAGAGAGAGAAAUGUGGUUUUACGUCCACUCGAUACAAACUAGGUCAUUUCGGGACUAUCAUAUGUAUUUUAAAUUUUAUUUCAAUAAUUCGCUUGCGCGUAGGGGUCUUUAGCAGUGUUAAGAAACCGCAACACCCGUAGAAAACCCACGAGGUUGGACAGGCGACCCUACUCCUUGUCACAUACAACAGGCGAUUCGAAACCAUGCCAGUUGACUCAAUGACAGACCUUAUGAUACAGCACUCACGCAUGUGCUAACCAUACGGCCGUCCAACCCCCCCAGGUCUCUUUCAGAAAUAUCAAAUUGUAACUAAAUUAAUUAAGAUUGUUUUUGUGAAGACUAACUGUGGAGUCACAUUGUGUGCUUUGGGCUGCAGUAAAUGUACAUAAUUGUUAAUGCAUUCAGGUUGCAUCUCCUAAUUUUUAUUUUAAAAUUGAAUUCAUAUUUUCAUAAUUUUUAAAUGAUUCUGUACUAUGAUUCUAUCAUGAUAACUUCACUGUGAUAUGUACAUGUAAUAGUUAAUUAAUAAAAUUAAAAUUAACGCCAAUAAAUGUCAACCAGUUAUGUGAAGAAUCUUCACAUCUUUGUCUUCAUUAGCCCAGUCGGUGAAGAACAGAGUUAGUUUUAUAAUUAUAGUAUUAUAUGAAAUAUCAAACCAAAGAUUAUCUGUUUAUUGUUUACAAAUAGUGUCUUGAAAUUAAAUGAAGAGCCCCAGGGAAGAAAGAUCUAAGUCACUAUUUCAACGAACCCCAGUUAAUGGUGCCACCUGGUAGCAAAUUGUAUAAGCUUUCUGUGGAACAAUCAAUUUCGAACAAUCAAACCCAUACAAAUCACAUCAAACCAAGGCCCUUCUGAAAUGGCCUCCCGGACAAAUACGUCCAUCGUACCCUUUAUUUGACCUUAAUUUGGCUGAAACGUGGAAGUCAGUUGCUUUACUGGUAAUUAUGAUUCGUAUUAAUGAUCAUUUUGAAGUUGUAAUUAAACCCACUUAUUGUUCUGUUCGCGUCAAGCAUUCUCUUCCAAAAGUCUGUUUUGCCUUUUAUGCGAAAAGACAAAAAUGUGACUUAGAUCGUUCUUCCCCAGGACUCUUCAAAUGUGUGUACAGUAUAAAACCACAACUUCUGUAUUUUAUAUUUGAAAUCUGGUCUAUCAACACAAAAAUAUAUAUUUCACUUAACAUUUUAUAUCUAUAUGUAUUUAAAGACACAUUAUGGGAGAUCAAAAAAAGAGCUGACAGUUCUCACUAUAAUAGUUGAAAACUAGAUAAUGUAAAGGCAAUUAGCUGAAAAUUUCAGUCAAAUUGAUCAACUCUGGACCGAGAAUUUAGUGAUUGAAUUUUGGGUCUAGCCUCGUUCAUCAUCACUAAAGUCGUUACGAUCAAACCGUAGUCUCGGUUAUCCAUUUUAGCGAUGACAUCAAGAGUUGAUUAUGGUCUGGAUAAGUUAAUUAAUGUCUAAUUAAUAAUUUAGAUAAGCAAUUUCCAGAUUGAGCUCUUGCAUAAUGUAUGUUUAAAUAAUGAAAUCUCAUUAUUACAAUGUUACAAUAUUCUGCAUGAAAAAUUACUGCAUUUACAAAGAGAAACGUUACAAUUUUAAAUAGUGCCUUUAUUUUAUUUUAAAUUCAAAUAUUUUUUAUAUAAUUUGUCAUAAAGAAAAGCACAUCUUUUUUUUUAAUAUUUGAGCUCCAAUGUCUUUUUUUAGGAUUUUCUAAUUUAAAUUGCCGAUUCAGUGGAAUAGAAAGACGUAUGUAUGUGUAUUUUUUUUUUGAAUGCUCAACAAUUUCUUAAAUUUAUCAAAAUAUGGAAAGAAAUUAAUAAUUAUAAUUUUGAAAGAAUUUUCACAGUCCAGUGUUUGCUUUCAAUAUUAAAAAAAUCUUGUAUUAUUAGUAUGACCCCUUGACUACCAAAGUGGUUUUGAAGGAAGGGAGAUAAUCCCUGUUACUGUACUACAUGGACUCAGACAAGUAAUCCUCUCCUCAAUGUUAAAUCAAGUUUCAGUAUUUAAUAAUAACAUGGAUGAUUAUUUUUAAAAAAUAUUGAGAAAUGUCAUAGAAUAAAUUAAUCCAUGAAAGGUCACCGGAAAAGCUUCAAAUUAUUUUUAAAUAAUGCAAGUAAUUAUGUCAACAUAUCCUUUCAAUAAGUAUAACAUGAUCCCGAAUGUCCUUGUUACAUGUACCUGCAACUGGUAAAUUACAACGUCAGUAAUUUCCGCCGUUCUCUGUGGGUACUCGUAACUUUCCGUCAAUAAACAAUCUGGGGCAUCAUUUUAGUCCUUCUGCUCAUAUUCUAGUCUAAAAUGACUAAAAUGACUCACGGUUUGUGUAUUGGUGGAAAGUUACAAUUUCUCACGGAGAACGACAGAAAUUACUAACAUUGAAACUUAACUGUUGCAGGUAAUAUUGACAUUCGGGUUCGUGUUAUACUUAUGGAAAGGAUAUGUUGACAGAAUUACUUGCAUUAUUUAAAAAAUUUAUGUAAAGUGAUUGGAAUAAUUUUAUUGAUUAAUAUUAAGAUGUAAAUAUACUUGUUAAAUUCUAUGUUUUUAUUUAUUUAUAUUUAUUUUUAUUAAUUUAUUGUUGACUUAUGUUAAAUUAAAUGCACCAUGCCUGAGCUAGUUGACAAGUGUGUUAUAAAAUAGAACAAUAGGACAACUAUCAUAUGAUGUAUUUGCUCAGAUAAAUAUCAGUGGGUCGGAAUUCGAGUCCUGCCAUUCAGUCGAAUCGAUCACCCGACUUGCGACCUGGCUUGAAAUAUAUAUCGUGACUCUGACUCGGCAGUUAUGACAACUCACGACUUGAAACAGCGACAGCCUUGAGUCGCCAUGAGGGGACAUAACUCUGACUUGCCUUAUUCGUCCUGCAUUGCUGACUCAUUUGAUCAACUGGCAACUUGAACGGGACAUGUGCGUUGAGCAGACUUGAGAUUCGACUUGUAUUAAAGCUAGCAACUUGGGACUUGACUUGGACUUGAGGACCUGCGAUUUGUUCCCACCUCAGAAAUAUCAUAAAAUAGGACUAUUGUCAUACAAAUGUAUUAGGUCAAGCCAUUGUAAUAAACUAACAAAUAUAUAAAUCAUCGUAAUAUAAAUUUAACUGAGCAAAUCGACUCGCAUGUCCGUGGUACAGUUGAUCUGAUUAAAAUACAGAUCUGUUUUGCGUUUCGUUUUUUUAUACUUUCCAUAGCCUAUACUACAUGAAAAUCUGACCAAUUGUACUGGGAGGUUGCAUCAGGGGUCAUAGGAGCGGCUUUUGACCCUAUGACGUCAAACAUUGAUCAAUCAAUCAGCGUUGACGUUUCUAGGGGUUUAACCACAGUUCCAUGAAGAGCACGCCAAGAACUUGUCGUAACAGACCGUUACAUCAACUAAAACGCCUGUUAUAAAACAACUCUUCCAGAUCCUAGUGUUGUGAAGACAAGUAAAAAACAAAAUUUUGAACUAUAAAAAAAAUGAAACGAAAUAUGAUCUGUGUUUUAAUGAGAUUGUGGUACAGUUGAUAUCAUUGGUUUACGAACAGAACUUAUAUCAAUCAAAAUAUAUAACAUAAAUGGGAGAUGCUAAUUUUAGGCCGGUUGGGGAGGUUCGGGAAUUUCCGGAGCCCAAAAUGGCGCUUUUUAUAAAUGAGUAUUUUGGGGAAUACUAACCCGAAUCCUAACCCUAACCCUUUUAAGAAGGGUAAACGUUAAAUUAGAUCCAAGUUCAGUCUUCUAAAAAGGGUUAGGGUUCGGGUUAGUAUUCCCCAAAAUACUCAUUUAUAUAAAGCGGCCAUUUUGGAUUCCGGAAACACCCGAACCUCACCAACCGGCCUACAAUUAGCAUCCCCCAACAUAAAUAUACCUGUGUACAAAUAUAUAUAUAUAAGCCUUAAUUACUCUCAGUAUAUCAUACCUGUUAAUUUCUCAAAUCUUAAACAGAUCUCCCACGUUUUGUAAAUUGGUUAAUUAUUACAAGUUAUCAUUGUAUAAAUCAUCAUCAUCAUUGCUGUCAUCAUCGUUUUUAAAUUAAAGCGUCUUGUAUUAUAAGUAAUAAACCAUAUGUUAAAUAUUGUUGUCA